AUGAGGCGAGGCAAAGUAGCCAUCUUCACCAAACCCGGCGCAGCGAUCCAGAUUGUCGAGGAAGACAGCCCGGCGCCUCAGGCCGACCAAAUCCUGGUGCGCACAGUCAUGGCCGGGGUGUGUGGCAGCGACGCGCACCGAGUCCGGGGCGACAUGGCGGCACCGGCGCAGCCCAUCUGCUUCGGACACGAGGCGGUGGGCGUGAUCGAGGCGCUGGGCAGCGAGAUCCAGACCGACCGCAUGGGGGUUCCUCUGGCCGUGGGCGAUCUGCUGUACUGGAUGCCGUCGACUCCGUGCGGCAGCUGCUGGGACUGCCGCAUCGCCAACCCGCUGCGCUGCCAGCAUCUCAACUGGCCCGUGGCGGCGGGCGGGCCGAAUGCAGCGGGCUUCCGCGAGUACGCGACGCUCAGCAAGCGAUGCACCUUCAUCAGAGUGCCGGCCGGCACGGCAGCGGAGAGCGUGAUUGUGUUUGGGUGCGCAAUGCCCACGGCGCUGAGAGGGUUUUCUAGGCUCGGUGGUAGCAGCGACAAUGACACCAACACCAACACUACCAACAGCUUCAACUGGAACGACAUCGAUGUGGUCAUCCAAGGCUCCGGCCCCGUCGGGCUCGCUUCGACGCUGUUGGCGAGCUUGGCCGGGGCGCGCACCGUCACCGUGAUCGGAGACCCCGCGAGUCGGCUGGAGGUGGCGACACGGCUGGGGGCCACCAAGACGCUGUCGGUGGCGCACACGACGCAGCAGCAGCGGCGGGAGGAGAUCCAGCAGCUCACUCGGGGCUGCGGGGCCGGCGUCGUGGUCGAGGCGGCCGGCGCGGCGGCGGCGUUUCCCGAAGGCUUUGACCUGCUGGGCGCCAACGGCCGGUAUCUCAUCCUCGGCCUGUACUCGGGCCAGGCGGCGACGACGAUCGAUCCGGUGCGAAUCAACAACCUCAAUCUCUCCAUCAUCGGCAGUCUGGGCAUCGAGAUCGAGGCAUACUAUCGCACCGUCGAGAUUGCCAUGCACCACGGCCCCAGGUUAGGCUUGGCCGACCUUGUCACUCAUCGCUUCCCGCUCGACAAGCUCGACGAGGCUUUGCGCCUGGUGGCUGAGGGUGUGCCGGUCAAAGCGGUGAUUGUGCCUUGA